GAGUCUCACACGCGUGUUUUUAUCAUGGAGAUUCUGGGCAGCACUUUUGAUGAUUCUGUGUUUGAGGAAUCGAGGAACAGAGCCUCAGCUGCUCUUCCCGCGUACGAGCCCAAACUCUGCGAACCUCUGUGGUUUUGUGAAGAUGGAAAUGUUGAGGACCCAUUAGAAGAACAAAAAACCCUUAAGUUUCGAGGAGACCUGGCCUACAGGAAGAAACAGUAUCAGGUGGCUCUGGAUGAGUAUUUAUCCUGCCUCUCUCUCAUACCUGCUGGAAACAUAUCAGUAAAGAGAGAUGUGCUGGAAGGGAUCGCACGAUGCUGCUGUCAUCUGGGGAAAAAAGAAGAGGCUCUAAAUGCCUGUGAGAAACUGAGGACAGAAGUAUCCAACACCUGCCACCUCACCUGCGUCCUUCAGCUGGAACUGAGUGUUCAUGAACACUACAGAGAUCUGACAAACAGCAUCUCCAGCCUGCAGCAGCUGUGCUGUCUUCAUCCGUACCAUCCGUGGUACUGGCUGAAUCUGGCCUUGAGCUUUCAGAGGCUCCUGGAGUCUCCUAGGUGUCCAGAGAGAUCCAGCACUGAGGAAAAACACGGCAAGCAGCAGGGGACAAAUAACAUUAUACGACUAAAGACCAUCAUGUGCUUGAUUAGAGCAAGGUUGUUAAUUGAAAUCCUGCGGAUUCAGCAGUUCUCAUUUGUGAUGGCAGAAGACCUCAAUCCAGAGAAGAUGAGAGAGGAAAACCAAGAUGGAGAGAGUUUAUCAGGACUUUAUAUUAAAGACUUUGAUGACAGGUGGUGGAACAAACUCUACACCAAACUGCAGGAGGAGACUCCAGCUUUAUCCAUGCACAGACCACUGGAGGAGACAUUUGAAUAGGCCUAAUAUGAAUAUUGAUUGUAUUUUUAUAAUUGAAUGUAUUUUUUAUUGGAGUUACAUGCUUUUACUGUUACAAAGCAGAAUAAAGUUAA